AUGUUUCUGAAAUUCGGUCUAUUCCUCCUAUUCGCCUUCUUAUCGCCAACUUGUGGCUUCAAACUGCUUGGUUGCUCGUAUUGUGCGACUCCAUCUGUCUCCUCGAUUCAGAAAGCCGUUUAUGAACGGGGUCCUGCGCCCGACAAUUUGCUGUGGUACCUGAUGCCGACCGAAUCCUGGGAAGAUUCUAGUAUCUUUAUGGAAGACUGUGGUAACGACAGGGGCACGUACAAGAAAAGAAAAUACGGUGAGCGCUGUGGGAUCCUUCACCUCGAGUAUGCAGACGGAAAAGUGAUGCACCUCAAAGGAAGUACCAGCACCAAGCAAGAGGGCUAUUUCAAUUAUACCAAGGAGGACGGCGCGAACGGCUGGGCACACGUGUGCAGCACAGACUAUUGCAGCACGGAGGACGUUAGUUAUCUGAAAACGCGAGUCGAGGAGGCCGAGAAGCUCAAAGCGCAACAAGCCGAGAAGCGGCGCAAAGCGCAAAAAGCCGAGAAGCAGCGCAAAGCCGAAGAAGCCGAGAAGCAGAAGAAUUCUUAUCCGAAUACGAUCGCCUCCACCAUUAUCGUAUCGCUCAUCGCCAAUUACUUU